AUGAACUCCCGGCACCACGCUGCCGCCUUUUCGAAUGGCUACCCACGCGGCAACACAUUUGACAUCUCGCCGCACAAAUUCCAGCCUCGCACCUACACACCCGCCCAACGACGUCGCAACAAACUGUUAACUCGCCUGGGUAUUUGCGCAGUAAUCCUGUUUCUCUUCAGUCUUUGGCUCUGGCCUUCCAGCUCCGUGGCCUCAUUGGUUUCUUUUGGGCUUCUUUCUUCGAGUGGCACCCCCGAGCUCGAGACGGUUCGAUAUUACGACUUGACUAAUGUUCAGGGUACCGCUCGUGGCUGGGAGCGUGAAGAACGUAUUCUCCUAUGUGUGCCGCUUCGUGAUGCCGAAGCGCAUCUGGAGAUGUUCUUUUCCCACAUGCGCAACCUGACAUAUCCACACCACCUGAUUGAUCUCGCAUUCCUCGUUUCAGAUUCGAAGGACAAUACUCUCAAGGUCCUCUCCGACAGUCUGGAGGCUAUCCAAGCCGACGAGGACCCUAAGCAGCCUUAUGGCGAGAUCUCCAUCAUCGAAAAGGACUUUGGCCAGAAGGUCAACCAGGAUGUCGAAAGCCGGCACGGAUUCGCCGCUCAGGCUAGUCGCCGAAAGCUGAUGGCGCAGGCUCGAAACUGGCUUCUGAGUGCGGCCCUACGACCCUACCAUUCAUGGGUUUACUGGCGCGACGUCGACGUAGAGACCGCGCCGUUCACCAUUUUGGAAGACCUUAUGCGCCAUAACAAGGAUGUUAUCGUCCCGAACGUCUGGCGACCCUUGCCUGACUGGCUUGGUGGUGAACAGCCUUAUGACUUGAACUCUUGGCAAGAGUCCGAAACGGCUCUGGCUCUCGCUGACACUCUUGAUGAAGAUGCAGUAAUCGUCGAGGGAUAUGCUGAGUAUGCCACAUGGCGACCUCAUUUGGCCUAUCUUCGUGAUCCAUUUGGCGACCCUGAUAUGGAGAUGGAAAUUGAUGGUGUUGGUGGUGUCAGCAUUUUGGCCAAGGCCAAGGUUUUCCGAUCCGGAGUUCACUUCCCAGCUUUCAGUUUCGAGAAGCAUGCAGAGACAGAAGGUUUCGGCAAGAUGUCCAAGAGAAUGGGGUACUCGGUUAUUGGUCUACCCCAUUAUGUCAUCUGGCAUUUGUAUGAGCCUAGUGUGGAUGAUAUCCGUCAUAUGGAGGAAAUGGAGAAAGAACGACUUGCCCGCGAGCAACAAGAAGCGGACAAGAAGAAGAACCAGCAAAAGAUCAAAGAAGAAUACACUGAUACCAGAAAUGAGUGGGAGAAGGACAAGCAAGAGAUGCAAAACUUGGCAGCUCAACCAAAGCCUGUCGUCAAUAAUGCACCAGUGGUCCCGCCUCCCAAAGAGCAGCCUGCCCAGCAGGUCAACAACGUUCCUGGUAAUGCAGCACAGGGCGAAAACAAGCCACAAGCGGUUAAGCAGGAGGCCAAGCAGGUCGAAGAAGUCGCCAAGGAUGUGCCCAAGGCCGCCUAA